GUGUCCCAAUUUUAGUCCCAAAAGAAAAGUGCCGUGUGUUGUAAAUUUUGCCAGCAGAGUGGUUUUUCUCGCAUUUCUGUGCAAUUUUCGCGAUUUUCAGUACACCUCAUCCCCAAAAUCCUAUCAGAAUUUACCCCCUGAGUAUCUCUAGUGCUCCUUUAAUAAGGGACUUGUGUGUAAAUUGAGCAGAAAAUACGUAAAUAGUAAGGAAAAGCAAUUUUGAACAGAAAAAAAUGUCUCUAAGUGCUUCAAAAAAGAUCAUGAAUGAUUCUCGUGAGAACUAUGAGAAUUCCUGUGUUGUGUGCUUCAUCGAGGUGACAAUCUUCUCCGUUGGAAGCUGUGAUCAUGCUGUUUGCUACGUUUGUUCCACGCGAAUGAGGGUACUUUGUGAGCAGAAUGAGUGCCCAAUUUGUCGCCAAGAGCUAUCCCAGGUGAUCUUCUCGAAGGAGAAAUUGCCAUUUAGGCAGUUGGAAACAAGUACGCGCAGUGGUCUCUAUGAUAGGACAUACAGAAUAGUAUUUGGGGAUCUAGUCAUUCAGAAUGCCUUCUACAAAUUGCUGGAACAAGCAUGUCCUAGGUGCAAUUGUCAACUUUUUGUAUCAUUUGAGCUACUACGGAAGCACGUCCAGCGCGAUCAUGGACUGUUCUACUGCGAGAUCUGCACGAACAAUCUUAAAAUUUUUACAUUUGAACGACGGUGCUACACGCGCGAAGAAUUGGCCAUGCACAAGAGAAAAGGUGAUCCGGACAAUACGUCUCACCGUGGGCAUCCUCUUUGUGAGUUCUGCGACGUUCGCUACCUGGAUCGUGAUGAGUUGUUUAGGCAUCUGCGCAGGGAUCAUUUCUACUGUCACUUCUGCGAUGCCGAUGGAUCCAAUCAGUACUACAGUGAUUAUGCUUCCUUGCGGGAGCACUUCCGAUCGGAGCAUUACAUGUGUGAGGAAGGCAAUUGUGCAGAGGAGCACUUGACAGCUGUCUUCAGGACAGACAUUGAUCUACGUGCCCACAAGGCUUCCACGCAUAGCCGGACAAUGGGAAAGAUGGCCACGAAGCAGGCUAGGACUCUCGAAGUGGAAUUCUCUCUUGUGCCACGAAAUCGCUAUUCCCAAGCUCCGCCGCAUCAGGAGACAGAGGGCAGUAGCUCAUUUAGACCACUCAUGGGCACGACGGUGUUCAAUCAGCCUCAGAAAACAAUCAAUGCCAACGAUGAACAGGAAUUUCCAGCACUCGGGAAUGCGACUCCAGUUCCAGUGAUUCGGCCCCAAGUGUCCAUCAAAACCAAGUCUUACAACAGCAAUUCCUUGGCCAAGACAAAGGAAAACUUUCCCGCUCUCGGAGGUGCUACGACUCAAUCAUUCCCCUCAUCAUCAACAGAGGGUCCUACAACGAGUCGCUACAGCAAAAUGGUCCAGAAAACGCAGCCACCGCCCCAGGCACCACCUCCUGCAACCUCUAAAGGCACCAUAAUCCACAUAUCCAAUCGUCCCCCCAAACAUCCAGACGUCACAAAGGACUUUCCGGCAUUGCCGGGCGGAAAAGCCUCAAAAGCUGAACCCCCACCAGCAGUUAAUGUCAAUCCGAAAACCGUUUCGGCAAAGCAUCGAAGCCUCGUUGAGGAUGCAGCAAUAGUCACACCAAAUGCCUCAAUAGCUUCUAAAUUGAUGAUGGUGACACCACCACCGAGUGCUCCAGUCAAAAAGGUGGCCGAAGUGAAGGAAGCCAAAGUGCCCAAGCUCAAUUCUGAUGACAAUUUUCCCACAUUGAGUGCCCCAAGUGCCUUAACAGCCCCACCAACCUGGGUGACUCCAGCUGUAAAUAACAAUAGGAACAAAGUAGAGAGUCGCAAAUCUAAAAUAGCUCCAGCGCCAGAUUUAUCUCAUCAGCAGCAAAAUUCUGUGAAAACAGAAGAGAAGCCUAGUAAGAAAAAAACCAAAAAUCAAUCCAAGAUUAAAGACACGGAGGCCACCAAGGGUUCGAAGAAUCAAAGUAAUAAUCAUAGUAGCAAUAAUAACUGUAUAGCUAAUGAAAUAGGUGCACUAAAGAUAAGUAAGGGUGCAGGAGAGCCAACUCAGGCGCCAUCAUUAGGACCUCCGCCGGGAUUUAAUAGCGUACCAGGUGGCGGGGGAAAGAGUAAGGCACCGAAAGGGCUACCACCACCAGGAUUCAAUUCCGUCACCCUCAAUUCUGUGGCUAGAAAACCAAACAAUAAUCUCACAUUCACCAAUUCCACCGGCGAGAGUUACUCUAUCAUACCAACGAGGAAGUACAUCCCGCCGCUGGACAGCAAGAAGAGGAAUGAGAUACUUCUAGGCCAUUUCCAGGAUGUUCUAAAGACAAGUGCAGCAGUGAAGGAGUUUCACAACAUUUCUCAGAUGUUUGUGAAGAACAAGUACAAUCCUGAGCCCUACUAUGAGCACUGCCUGGUGGCUCUUGGUGAUAAAUUCAACGAUGUCUUUCCGGAAUUAUUGGCCCUUUUGCCGGAUAUUGGAAAGCAACAGGAGCUGUUCUUGGUGCAUGUGCAGCGCGAAAAGGGACUCAAUAGGAUGGGUGAAGCUAUAAUUGAUGUAUGUUCAAUCUGCAAGCAGGUUCUGGUGCGGAAUGAUCUCUUUGCCCAUCUGCAGGCUCAUAAGUUGGAGAGCAAUUUUCCCCUUCUGACCAAAUAA